UAGGAUCAACGGGAAGAUUUAUCAGACAGAGCAGACGGACAACAAUGCGAAUAGGGUAUUCAAACCGGUGACUUUGGAACAUUCGCAAUCUCUGACGGAGACCAACGAAAUCAAAACAAUCACCGUCUUCAAAUCGGUAUCCAUAAAGAAUGUCGGAUCUUCCAAGGAUUUGGAGCUGAAUAACAUUCCAGGCCCCAGCGGAAUGACGGAGAACGACAAGAUCUCGGCGCGUCCCAGCGAGAUCCUUUUGAGCAACUGCAGCCUCAAUUCGAGCUCGAGCGGCUCGAGCAGCCACAGCUUCGAGAACAAGAGCUCGGAGAAGUGGGAGAGCAAGCAGUGGCUCAAUAGCUCCGGCAGCAGCCUGAACGUCACCCUCACCCCAUCUGAGAGCACCAGCGAGAUGUCCGUGCUGAGCAACAACAAAAAACCCAACCCGUCGACUCGCCCCCCCGCUAAGCCCCCCACCUCAUUGGGCGCCAUCCCCAAAAGCAUCAGCUUCGACACGAGCGCCGACAAGGGGCUGGAGGAGGAGGAGAGGGGCGGCGGUGGAGGGGGGCGGGCGAAGAGGGGAGGCUUCUUCGGAAAGUUGCGCAUCGGCUUCAGGAAGGGCAGAGGCAAAAGUUUGAGGGGACAGGAGGAGUUCAAGGGGGAGGGGGAGGAGUACGGGGGGAAGAGGCAGGGGGAGGGGGGCGGACGGAUGGGGAGUAGUUCGGAAGUUUCAGAUGAUAUUUUAGCAAAGUAUAGAACAAAACCAGACAGCAAUUCAGCAAAAGAAAACUGUGAUCCGAGUAAAAGUCUAAAAGAAAAAACUGUAUAUAAUAGUAAUAGUGAAGAAAUCAAUAGCUUUAAUGAUGUUAAGAACAAAUUACGUUUAGUCCUAAGCAAUACUUCUGAAAUUCCACAUUAUAUUAAGAAUAAUCCCAUUAACACUAAGAACAAAAUCGAAACUGUGUUACGACUAGAGCUGGGCAAGGCGCGAAGACUUCGAGAAUGGUCGGAGGUGGCUCGAAUCUCUGAGGCAAUAAGGUGCAUCAGCCUGAUCGCCGAGGACGUGUGUCGCAAGCUGAUGGGUUCCAUAAGGGACGACAUCGUGAUGAGGUCCACCUACGUGCAGUAUUUGAUGACGUCGAGGAAGGAGCUUUUGUUUUGCGACAGUUUUCUGAACAGCUUGCAAGAUCAGGUGUUCCACGAUAAAAGACAGUGCGAAAAAUUCUUGGCGACCGUCUGUGUUCGGGAAUUUUUGAGGGAACAGGAAACUCUGGUGACUGAGUUUUGCGAGGAAUUCAAGCAGCUGAGUUUGUCGGACGAGAAGUGCCACUUUUUGCACAACUUUCACCUCAAGCUGUAUCACAUCAUGAAAUCGAAUCCGUUUUGGAAAGGUAUUGUUCAGAACAGGGAAGAUAUACUAAAGAUAACUUUAGAGCGGUUCAUCAUGAAGAAAUUUUACAAAUACUCCAUCUAUCCUAAUGGUGACGGUGAUAGGGAUAGAGAUCGCGUCCUGCAACACCACAUCUCCAAGUUGUCGACCUCGAUCGCGCCCGACCACAAGGACCUGCUCAUCGACAGGGCGCACCUGCGCGAGUGCCCGUGGCCGGCGGCGCAGGACGCCCUGAGGGCGUUGCGGGCCUGCGACACGCCCCGCGACAAGAUGCGCUGCGUCGUGCACUGCGCCAAGUGCGUCAUGCACCUGUUGGCGCUGUCGACGCAAGGGGGCGGGGCUACCGCAGACGAUCUGAUGCCCGUGCUGGUCUACGUGAUAAUCAAGGUUAACCCAGAAGCAUUAUUGUCUACAAUUCAGUAUGUCAACAACUUUUUCCACGUUGAUCAACUCGUCGGCGAAGAAGGGUAUUAUUGGACUCAAUUUUGCGCAGCUGUAGAGUACAUCAAAACCAUGGAUUAUUCUGAUUGAUUUGCCUUGUUUUACCAUAAAUGCAUGCAUAUAUUUGUACCUAUCAAAAAAUAUUAUUUAUGAUUUUUAUUAACCUGUUAGGUUAUAGAGCAUUUAUAUUUUUAAUAAAACUGUUUACAAUU